UUCCCUUUCCAUCCGACAGUCUUACGCGACGCUCGCGUGACGCCUGACGCUUGCCCGUGACGCCUUUUUCUCUCUGCCCUUCUCUAAUGGUGCCUUACUGAUCUUGGGACCAUAGUACUGAACUGAUUCAGUGGAACAACAGGUUUGGUCACUUUUCAAUUUCCAAGAGUGAGGAUUGCUGAAUAGAAGUCUUUCUCUUGGAGCAACUAUGGGGCAAUGUUUUUUUUCAUGAUGUGCAGCAUUUGAUGUAUUGUACCUGAGUGUUGUAUAUCCUUGGCUAGCAUUAACAUGUUGUCUGUGUAUAAUUUAGUUUGCCUGUUUGUUGUGGAGUGAUUCUUGUUUCAAGUAUCUAUCACGUGAUGUGGCUCCCUCCUGCAUCUUGAUUUGAAGAAUGCUUGGUUGAGUGCUCUUUACUCAGUGAGACAAUGUUAUCAAUGUAAAUAGAUGAAUUAAGUCGCUUUGCUGCUUAUAAUGAAAACCAAGAAAAAAGUAAUGUCAAGGAAGGUUACUCGAGUGCCUGCCAGUCCCAAAUUUUGCGGACAUCGUAAAAAGGUGUAUCAACAUGUCCCUGUGAAGGAAAAGGAAGCAACCGAUCUGAUUACGUCUUCUGCUAAAAAACAGAGAAUUGUGCGGUUUUCAAAUCGUCUUUGUUGCAAGGAAACUGGCCACACUAGCUUCAUAGAGGAUGGAAAUGCUGAUCGUGUUUUGUCUGAAGAAAAGGAUCAUGAUUUACGAGUGGCGUUUAGUACAGUUGCUGGGGAGUCUAUUGACCAUCAGGAUUUUCCACAAAGAAAUGUUCAAUGUGUUUUGGAGACAAUAUUUUCUCCUGGCUUUCACAUGUCUGCAGAUAAUGGAUGUAGCAUUCCUCAUAGAGUGGAUUUUAUUAAGUAUUUCAAGAGUGACAACCAAACAAUGGACCAUCCAAAUGGUGUUAAAAAAGAUGACACAUCUAACAGUGUUGUUCCUUUGGAUGGUUGUGAUUCACUGGCAAAAGAGCAGCAUAUCCAAUUUUCGAGAGAUCUUAGUGUGGCAGGGAAUACAAUGUUUCCAGGUGAUGUGGUGGACACUUCAAACACAGGACCUCUUGAAGAGUAUGAGGGGCAUGCUAAUUGCACUCAGAGAUGUCUUAUGAAUGAUGCUGAUGGAGUUUGUAGUUGUGAAGGUGAAUUGGUCGAAAGGAACAUUUCAGCUUCUGAAAGGCCAUAUCUAUACCUUGCAAUACAAAGUUCAAAAUUGGAGUGCACUGAUGAGCCAAGCCAAGUAUCUGUGUCUCCGUAUGUUGAAGACGACUGUGAUGAUGAUGAAAUUGACGACUUCGAUCCAUACUUAUUCAUAAAGAAUUUACCUGAACUGUCAGUGGUGGUCCCCACUUUGCGGCCUAUGCUGCUACCAAAACAAACACGGAGGUGUCCUCGUAUCACUCUUGUUUUAGAUUUGGAUGAGACACUGGUGCACUCAACUUUGGAGUAUUGUGAAGAUGCUGAUUUCACAUUUCCUGUGAACUUCAAUGACAGAGAGCACACCGUCUAUGUUCGAUGCAGGCCCCAUCUUAGGGACUUUAUGGAUAGGAUUGUGAGCAUGUUUGAGAUCAUUGUCUUUACUGCCAGCCAAAGCAUAUACGCAGAGCAACUUCUGAAUGUUCUUGACCCAAAAAGGAAGGUCUUUCGCCACCGUGUAUAUCGUGAGUCCUGUGUUGUGGUGGAUGGUAACUACCUCAAAGAUCUCACAGUUCUAGGGCGAGAUUUGGCACAAGUUGCUAUUAUUGAUAAUUCUCCGCAGGCAUUUGGGUUUCAAGUUGAUAAUGGCAUUCCAAUUGAAAGUUGGUUUGAUGAUCGAUGUGAUUCUGCUUUGCCUUCUUUGCUUCCUUUCUUGGAGAGCUUGGUUGGUGUGGAGGAUGUGCGCCCCUUGAUUGCACAGAAGUUCAAUCUGAGGCAGAAGAUAGCUGCUGCUGUUGAUCCUUUAACUACCUUGGGUAAAGGAGACCCUUUUAGUAGGAACUGUUGAAAUUUGUUUUGAAUUAUGCUGACUGUUAUAUGACUUUGUAUGUUCUUGUUCUCUCUCUCUCUCUCUCACACACACACACGCACGCAUGCGCACCUAGGCAAGGCAUGCACAUAAAGACAGCUUGAUGCUUGGUCUCCUGCCCUCACCUACUCUAUGAGGGCGUGUAAAUGCUGAAGCUGCUUUAUAUGCUCAGUGUCUUUGAAAACCAUGUAUUGGCAACGGGGUCAGGUCUCCAAGUGGACCUGGACCUGGACCCGGACCCGACUGGACUUGAAGUCACCGGAUUUGGACCAUGACCAAAACAUAUAAUGUGGGAUCUGGACCCGACCGGAGCUGACCCAAACCAAAAAUUAAAAUAUUGAUAUAUUCAAAUAUAUUUUAUAAAUUGGGACUUGAAAAUAUAAUGCAGGAUCUGGACCCAGACCCAGACCCAGACGUGACUUGUUGGGUCUAAUUUUUUGACCCAUACCUGGAUGUGGUCGGGGCUAUCCAUUGGGUCCCAGGUUGGGUUUGGGUCCAUUGCCAUCCCCAAAAAACUUCUAGGCGAGGAGCUGUACAAUGAUCCACAUGACCAUCUAGAAUCUACGGUCAUGAGUAAACACCGUCCUACCACUGGGUCAAUGGUGGUUGGAAUAGGAUCGACCAGAACAUGUUUGUCCUCCCAUUGAUUGGUCAUAUAGAUCAUUUGCUACUGUCCCUCAUGAUAACAUGCCCAUCUUUUCUUGUGCUAUGUGUAAUCUCUUAAUUUUGAGGAUCAUGGAAUGCUUUAACAUCUCAAUUGUGGAGAAUUUCAUUUUUAAUUGAUUCAGUAA